CGCCACGUCGUUCCCAUUUCUGUCGCGCGAACUAGAGGCGCGAAGAUCACGAAGACGGUCCGUGUUGUGCCAGUGCCCGAUGCGGUGCGACGCGCGCUGAACACUUUCCGAUGCGUCGCGCGAGACCGAGUCAUCUAACGCGGUGGUGGUGUUCCCCGUUGACGCAGUAGCCCGGCUCGUGGACUUCCACGGCGUGUCCGGUGAUCGUAAAGUGCCUUUUCUGUCAUUAGCCCGUUCGCUAAGAUGUUUCAGAAAGACGGAGUGAGACUGAGACAGCACACGACGAAAAGAACGUCGGCUGAGCUACCUUAUGAUAACAAGAUCUCUUCGAGGAAGCAAGAUGUACUGCCAAACGACACCCAGCAUCUCCUCUUCGUCUUCACGUAUUUUCUUUUCGUGUCCUUCAUUAUAAUCGUCCUGGAGAGAAAUCUGCCGAACCCGGUUACCAUCGAUACCGAGGGCCUGCACCCGGGUAGAUUCGUCGCCGAGCGAGCUCGCAAUCACAUCGUCAAUCUUACGUCAAUCGGGCCCCGUAUCGCCGGCAGCUACGAGAACGAGGUCUUAACUGUCAACUUUCUAACGACAACGAUCAACAAUGUGAUGAAAACGGCGCACGAGAAUCACAAGAUUCUUUUUAACAUUACGAAGCACAGCGGUGCGUUUCCGCUCAAGUUUCUCGACGGCAUGACUAAUGUUUACAGAAAUGUACAGAACGUUAUUGUCAAAGUUGGACCACACAGGCCUACGAUGCACAGCUUGCUGCUUAACUGUCAUUUUGAUUCGUUUUUGGAGAGCCCAGGUGGUUCCGACGACGGUGCUGGUUGCGCUGUAAUGCUAGAGAUUUUGCGGCUGAUAACCCAAAGCCCAAAAAUAUUGAAGCACAGUGUUAUUUUUUUAUUCAAUGGUGCAGAGGAAAAUCUAUUGCAGGCGUCUCAUGGCUUUAUAACGCAGCAUCCGUGGGGAAAAGAUAUAAGAACUUUUAUAAAUCUGGAAGCAUGUGGUGCAGGUGGUCGCGAAUUAUUGUUCCAAGCCGGGCCUCACAAUCCUUGGAUUCUUGAGAUUUACGCCAAAUCAGUUCCAUAUCCUUAUGCGUCAUCGUUGGCUCAGGAAAUAUUUGAGAGUGGUAUAGUACCUGGUGACACAGACUUUCGGAUAUUUAGAGACUUUGGAAAAGUUUCUGGUUUGGACUUUGCAUGGUCGAAAAAUGGUUACGUUUACCACACUAGAUUCGAUAAUGUUGAUCAGAUACCGUUGGGAGCUCUGCAAAGAACCGGCGAUAAUAUUCUCGCAUUGACCCAGGGAAUAAUAUUCGGAGACUAUUUAUCGGAUGCGGCAGAGACACAGGGUAGUCUCGUAUUUUUCGACUUCUUGGGCGCAUUCGUUAUCAGAUGGCCACAGUACAUUGCCAGUACAGUUAAUAUCGCCAGUAUAAUUAUAGCUGGAUACUCUAUCUAUUUGAAUAUGCAGAGUGCACGUAGAAAUAUUAAGAACUGGAUGUACAUGAGACAUGUGCUGAUGUGCGUUGGGGUGAUCAUGAUUUCGUGGUUGGCGUCUAUGUUUUCUUGUACUUUUAUCGCCCUGUUCCUCACCAAGCUGGGAAAAGUGAUGAGUUGGUAUGCAAGACCGGCGUGGCUGUUUUUCUUGUACGUUUGUCCAACUAUUUUUAUAUCGAUGAUCGUGUUCUUGCAAAUGGCAUCGAGGCAAAAAAAGGAAGUUGGUUCUGCAUGGAUUUUAUAUCACAUGUACUGCGAUGCGUAUUCUCUAAUGUGGAUGUGCAUUCUCUUCGUAUGCGUACUACUUAGAAUACGAUCAGGCUUCAUACCGCUCCAUUGGGUCUUAUUUCCGGCAGUUGGAAAUAUCGCGCGACACAGUUUCUUUAACAAAUGGAGAGACUGGAAGUGGCUUUGUUAUCAAUUGGGGUCGUUGAGUUUGUCUUACAUACAGUCAUUUUAUUUAUCGCUCGGUGCUCUCUAUCUCUUCAUCCCUAUAAUGGGACGAUCCGGUGGCAGUAUUAAUUCCGAAGUUGUAAUAGCUAACAUGCUGUCGAUCUUAUUCUGCCAACUGUUGUGCUUCACGUUGCCAAUAGUGCUCCUAAUAAAGAAUGCAGAACGAAUUAUAAGUGUACUUAUUGGAAUUUUCUUAAUCGCUAUUGCUGUGUUAAUUCUAACACCACUUGGAUUCCCUUACAGUGGUGAUCCAUUGUCGCCCGCUCCACAACGAUUUAUGAUCGCGCAUAGUCAACGCCAGUAUUACAGUGCAGAUGGUAAUGAAAGGUAUUCCGGUACGGGAUACUGGUUAGUGGAUUUAGAUAUGAAUAGUCCUCAGAGCAUAGAAUCAAUAGUACCUGAAGUAGACGCCGCGACGCCGACAGUCAAGGACUGCGAGAAUGAAUUAUACUGCGGUUUUCCAUAUUUAAUGCCGGUCACAACUUUCUUGUGGAAAACUACCUGGAUACCCGGACCCGCUCCGCUCAUAAGCAUUCCUACAAAUCUUGAAAUAAUUUCGAAGACUGCGAAACAGAACAUCGUUAAUUUCACUUUUAACGUUACAGGUCCCGACCAUAUAGGUAUAAUGUUAUCUCCGUACAAAGGUGUUCAUCUAGAAAAAUGGUCUAUACUCCCUGAAAAACCAUUGAAAGGUCCAAUGUGGAAUGAUAGGGAGACUUACUUUGUUUAUUACGCGUGUGCCUCAGACUGCGUGCCAUAUACAUUUUCUAUCGAACUGAAUGUGUCUGCGGUGCCGAAAGGACCAUGUUUAUCCAUCGCAUUAGCCGGACACUUUUUACACGGCGAACACCAAAGAUCUCUGAGAUUUAAGAAGUUUCUGACACAGUUCCCGUCGUGGACUGUCAUCGCUCCUUGGACGGCAUCGUACAAGUCGUGGGAGUUGUAACAAGAACAGAGUAGGACAAUUGAAACGGUAAACGUAAUUAGAAUAUAAGCAAUAUUGUCCUAAGGCGGAGAUCAUCUCCCGCAAAUUAAACGAAGCAGCCUAAUAAAACGGCACUAUGCUUUUGGCAUACGAAACCUAAUACCAUGGCGAUGUAAUAUCGCUUCAAUACUUAGACUUAGCCUUCGACACUUCCUAAAAUAUUACAACUUGAGAGAUAUCGAGAAAUGCGAUAGAGAAUGGAACGCGGAGAAAGACGUUUAUAUAUGAAUUUUUUACUUGCAUAUUAUCGUUAAUAGAGACGAUGUCGAAACUAGACUAAGAUGUUGAUUCAGAUUUAAAUCAUAUAAAGAGAUAUCUUAUCUAAAAAUCAUAGAGAUAAUAUAUGAAAUAUAUUUGCCUGAACGCUUUCAAAAAAGUGAUAACUACGAUUAUUUUUUCGUAGAAGCGUACGAUAAUAUUGCAUAUCAUAAGCUUUAGACUGAUUCCAUGCAUUAUCUUUCGAUUUUAUAAUUUUCACGAAGAACAAAUAUCGAUAAGAGAGAAUGUUUCGUCAUACAAAGUCUAAAACUUAAGUUAAACUUAUGAUAUAUAGAAACUGUGAUUGCAUGACGUACGUUCUCUUCAAAUUAGUACGCUUCAAAUUUACUGAUCGAAAUAUCAGUACUAGUUCAAAUUGUCAUCUCAAGCGAGAUGGCUACUAGAUCAAUAAUCGCAUGAUUAGUGCACACAUACAAAUACAUAUUAGUAUAUAUUGAACACAUUUUACAAAAGUUAUGCAAAUGCAGUUUAAAACAUUUGUGGACUAUUCUAUGCUUUAAUACCUUAAAGCUUGCAUAAAUGCAAGAGACCAUGAUUUAAUAGCCUGUUAUUCGGUACAAAGUGCAGAUUCGAUGCUGUCAUCUAUGAACACGCUCGCUACACGACAGUAUAAACAGACAGUAUAAUUAGACAGUAUAAAUGAUAGCAUGCACGCGAAUAGUAAUACUUUACAUUUACAUCGCGACAUAUUAGAUAUCGUGACGAACAAAAAUCGCUCGAGGUACAAGAUAAUCAAAUACGCGUUUUAAAGAAAAUUUAUAUUUCGAAUAGUAUAAUAGAAAAGAACGAAUUUCAAAUAUGCACAAAGACACGCACACACACAGGAUAUUUUAAUACGUUGCAUUCUAUUUUUAAGUUUGAACAUUUUAUUACACCUUGCAUGCAAUGAAUGAAUUUGAGUAGUCCCAAUAAAUAUCAGUAGGAGAAUUCGCUAUGUGCUCUCUAAAUCUGAAUCAAUGAAACCUUACUGCAAAUCUUAGUGAUGUGUAGUGUUAUACUUAUAACUGUGAUAAUCGGUGAUUAUUCACUGUUUCUCAGUGAUUCCAAUUAAGAAGAGGGUAUUCUCACUGAUCGAAAUCAGUUUAUUGUCACUGAAAAACAGUAUAUAUCACCGAUUGCUAUAGUUACAAGUACUCCACUGAAAUCAGAUUAUUCAUUGUCUCUCAGACUAAUACACUGAUUCGAUUUAAAGAGCGUUUUAUUCGUCGUCACAAUCUAUAAACCAUUCCUCUUUUUUCUAGUUUUAAGAAAAAAAAAUCAUUUUAAUAGCAUAUUAAAGAAAUUGACUAUUGUAGAUAUUCCUGAUACAAAUUAAUGAUUUUUAAUGGCUCACAUUCAAGUGCCAUUUCUUUUUUACUAUCUCUUUAUUGUAGCAAAAAAAAUCAAACCUUUUAAAUCCUCUACUUCUUCACUUUUCUCUCUGCAGCUUCCUUCUUUCUAAUUUCAAUAAAAAAUUUUUUCUUUCACCCACGUCAAAAAUAUUUUUGAUAAGUACAUAUCCGUUGAUGUAUGAAAUAUUUCUAUUUCGCGAUAACGCACCAACCGAUAUUUUGCAUGAAGGCAUCUAUCACGCAUGACACUUGAGAGUAACGUGUUAUUCCGAUUCUUCUAACAUGAUCUUAAGGUAGUUCCUCUUUACCAACUCUUUUACAAAUCGCAAUUGAUAUCAACUUUUUCCAACGAACAACCGAGCACCUUCGUUAUUAAGUGAACGUAAAAAGUUAUCUUGAACAAAAAUUGAUUAACAGAACGUAUAACGUCUAUUCAAAAAAAAUAGAAAAUAUCGCUUACGUAAUGGAGUUUUUUUCUACGAGUAUCCAUAGACAUAUCGCUAAUAACUUAAUAAACGCCUAUGUCGCAAGUUACUUCGCGUAACUUACCGAAUUGUUCACUUUACAAUGCUUGAAAAAAAAAUAGUGUAUGAAUAUAAUGCGAGAUCGAAAUCUUUUACGGGUAGAAAGUUAUAAGAGUAUUAGUAAUAAAUAGUACAACGUGAUCCGUUAUAAAAAUUAAUAGUUUUAUAUAUAAUAUAGUAGUGCAAAGAAAGGCAGUGGUCGAAUAUACAAUUUUAACGAAAAUUAAACAUUUUUCUAUUAUAAAGCGUAUUGGAAAAGUUUACGAAAGCUUAAGAUAUUUUUGUAUGCAGUUCAAGUUGUUUUUCUUAUUAUGUUUUUACGUUUAAUUUAUAUAAUUAUUAUCUAAUUAAUUGUUCAUAUUAGACUGGCUGUUUUAUCUAAUUAUUCGUUAAUUUGCUUGCAGCACAAGUGUUUUAACGUUAGCCAAUAAUAACGUUAAUCCCCAUUGCACAAAUUUACGAUCGCGAUUCUACUUAAUGCACAAAGUUAUAAAUGAUUACUUGAUCAUUUUUAGCAUCUCCGUCAUUUAUUACAGUCUGAAAAUAACCGAAUUACGACUCGCUUUGUUUUGUUCUCCUUUUUUAAUGUUUUCACAUUAUUUCUUUAUAAAAAUACUUUUAUAUGUUGUCCGUGGAUUUCUUAGACGUAUCGUGCUGCGGUAAUUGCUAUUGUGACGUUACCGUAACGCGAAAGAGACAUAGUGCGCUUGUUAACAGGGUCUUUAUUUUAUUGUUAGGAGUAAAACGAAGUUUCUUGCCUCGCUCUUCGAAACGGCGAACAGCGAGGAUUUUAGAUUGUACAAUCGCGUUUCCGAUGUGAAAAGGCGUUUUCUCUUUGCGUCCGUAUCCUGAGUCAUACAGACAUCUGUACUUCGGUAACUUCGUUUUACGCUGAGUACCGGCCAAAGGAAAAAGUAUCCAUCCAUUGCGUGACAAGUGUACAAUUGUAGCUGCCUAACAAUUCGUUUCCGUUAUACUGCGUGCAGGGCAGUACACUUUGGUGAUAAAAUGUACCAUGAAUGACCCGCGUAUCGCGGGAUUUAAUUCGCGGAAUUUAACGUUCGAUAAGAGGUGGUGCAUAUAUUGAUAGUGUAAUAUAUAUUGUUUUUUUUUCCUUCCCUGCCAAUUUAUUUAUACACAGGCGUAUGUUCCUGCUUGCGUUGUAUUAAAUUAACGAUAUACGUUUAUAUUGCGAUAUUGUUACUUGGCAGUUGUUGUUACAUGAUUAAGAGACUAUAUGAAAAAAGAAAUAAAAAAUUAACAUUA